ACUCCGCCGCAGGAGCCCCCUGCUCGGACUCCCCCCGUGGGUAGUGGAUCCAGCCCGGCACCCGGGCGCGCCAUGCGCGGAACCACACUGCUGGCUCUGCUGGCGCUGGUGCUGCUCUAUCUGGUGCUGGGUGCCCUGGUGUUCCAGGCCCUGGAGCAGCCUCACGAGCAGCAGGCCCAGAGAGGGCUUGGGGAGACCCAGGACAAGUUCCUGAGGGACCAUCUGUGCGUGAGCCAGCAGGAGCUGGGGCAGUUCGUGGAGGAGGUGGCUACCGCCCUGGGAGAGGGUGCCGACCCUGGGACCAACUCGAGCAGUAACAGCAGCCACUCGGCCUGGGACCUGGCCAGUGCCUUCUUUUUCUCAGGCACCAUCAUCACCACCAUCGGCUACGGCAAUGCAGCCCUCCGCACUGAUGCCGGGCGCCUCUUCUGCAUCUUUUAUGCGCUGGUGGGGAUUCCGCUGUUUGGAAUUUUGCUUGCUGGGGUAGGGGACCGACUGGGUUCUUCUCUGCGCCGUGGCAUCGGUCAUAUUGAAGCCAUCUUUCUGAAGUGGCACGUGCCCCCGGAGCUGGUGCGAGUGCUGUCGGCGAUGCUCUUCCUGUUGGUGGGCUGCCUGCUCUUUGUCCUCACGCCCACCUUCGUGUUCUGCUAUAUGGAGAAGUGGAGCAAGCUGGAGGCCAUCUACUUUGUCAUAGUGACGCUCACCACUGUGGGUUUCGGCGACUACGUGGCCGGCGCCGGCCCCAGGCAGGACUUUCCAGCCUACCAGCCGCUAGUGUGGUUCUGGAUCCUGCUGGGCCUGGCCUACUUCGCCUCGGUGCUCACCACCAUCGGGAACUGGUUGCGAGUGGUGUCCCGUCGCACUCGGGCGGAGAUGGGCGGCCUUACGGCGCAGGCUGCCAGCUGGACCGGCACAGUGACGGCGCGGGUGACCCAACGCGCCGGACCCGCCACCCCACAGCCACCGCCGCCUCUGGAGAAGGAGCGGCCACCGCUGCCUCCGGCGCUCUGUCCCGCACAGCCCCCGUCCCCUGCGCCCCCGGAGAAGACCGAGACGCCUUCCCCGCCCACGGCGUCCGCCUUGGAUUAUCCGGGCGAGAACUUGGCCUUCAUCGAUGAGUCCUCGGACACGCAGAGCGAGCGCGGCUUUGCACAGCCUCGCACAGCGCGGGGACGCCGCCGCCCUAACCCUGUUAGGAAGCCCGCGCGGCCCCGCGGCCCAGCGCGGCCCCGAGGCAAAGGCGUGCCGGUGUAG